AUGGAAGAAGAAGAAGGUGAAGGUUUGGAGGGGAAGCCGGAUGAGCAGCGGCUGCAGCCCCUGGGGCUCCAGGCUGGGACACGUUGGCUCUGCAGGGACCUUGUCCUGCCCGCCGUGCUGGGGAUGCUGCUCCUCUGUGCCAGCCCAGCGCCAGCGAGCAGGUUCCAGGGUGCUGAGUACGGGGUUCCCCCAGACUGCAGCCAUCUCCGCAAGACCAGCCCCGGCGGGGUGUACGUCAUCCAGCCGGCACAUUCUCCUCCACGUGUGGUGUGGUGCGACAUGGACACGGAAGGCAAAGGCUGGACUGUUGUCCAGAGAAACUCUCAUGACACUGAAUUCACAUGGAAGCAAUCCUGGACCACCUACAAGUAUGGCUUUGGGAACGUGCAAGGUGAUCACUGGCUGGGCACGGAGUACCUGCACCUGCUGACACAGCAAGGCACCUACAAAGUCCGCUUCGUUGUGCAAAACAGAGCCAAUGUCACCCGGUACGCCGAGUACGACAUCUUCAGCGUGCAGAGCGAGGCCAGUGGGUACCCGCUGCGGCUGGGCCGGUUCCUGGGCAGUGGGGAGGACUAUCUGACCAGCCACCACUCCCGCUACGGGGGCAUACACAACAACAUGAAGUUCAUCACGGCCAACAGGGACCAGGACCAGCACAGCGGGAACUGCGCCAACAGCUACGGGGGCUGGUGGUACGACAAGUGCCAGAACGUCCUGCUCAAUGGGAAGAGGUACAUCUUCUGGCCAGAAAUCUGCUCAAGUGGUGACCGUACAUCCUCCCUCAUCCUGGUCAAGCCCACAGACGUGUGCUGACCGUGCCGCAGCGCCCAGCCUCCCGGGGGUUUCGGGGAGUGCCACCGUCCCCAGCUCAGUGCCCCGUCCCCCUGCCUGCCAACACCCCGUGCCAGCCCCGGUGCAGAUCCUGCGCAGCUGCAGCUCCUGCACCGUCAUCAGCUGGAACACAGCGGCUCUGGGGCUCAGGAGCAAUUGCCCGGAGCCCCGGGCAUGCGGGCAGCUGUGCCCGGUGCCGCAGUGCUGGCCAGCACUGGGACACAGGCACUGGUUUGGGGUGGGUGCCCCCACUCCUGUCCUGGGGAGAGGGAGACAGUGCACGUUCCCUCCCCUGCGCAGUCGGUGUGCCCCUGCUUUGCUCAGGCCCUGCUCCCUGCGUGGGCCCCAUAGACCCCACAGCUCUGCUGCCCACGGUGGGAGAAAUCGGCUGCAAUAAACCCUGGAGCCAGACUUGCUGCCUCGUGUC